UGCCCCCGGCCGUCAGUCUGCCGCCGGCCGCCGCGCGCCCCGCCCGCCUGUGCUGUGUCGAGUCGCGCGCCGCGAGUGUUCCCAAGUGAUGUCGACUUGUGACUAGUGCCAUGCUCGUGCUGCGCUGUGUCCUGCUGGCGGCACUCGUCGCUGCCGCCGCCGCCGCCUGGCAGGAGAACGUCAGGCCCAAGGUCUUCGCACAAUUAGUUUCAGGAGUGGAUGACACGCACAAGUUUCUAGGAAACGAUACACAUACAGAUUACUUCAGAUUAUUAUUAAGGGAUGGAAAUUAUCUGCUCGUCGGCGGCAGAAACGUGGUGUACAAUCUCAGCUUGACAGACCUGACGGAACAGCGCCGGCUGGUCUGGUACUCUCCCGAGAAUGACGUCAAGAUGUGCGUCGUCAAGGGGAAGGAUGAGGAGAGCUGCCAGAACUACAUCCGAGUGUUGGUCUCCCUCGGUCCUGGGAGGCUACUGGUCUGCGGCACGAACAGCUUCAGGCCUUUCUGCAGAGAGUACAGUGUGCAACGAGACUCCUACCACAUGGAGCGAGAGAAGUCGGGGCAGGCUGUAUGUCCGUACGACCCUGAACAUAAUUCCACUGCUGUUUAUGCUGAUGGAGAAUUAUAUUCAGGCACAGUCGCAGACUUCAGCGGUAUGGAGCCGAUUAUCUACAGAGAACCACUACAAACAGAACCAUACGACUCCAUGACACUAAAUGCUCCGGACUUCGUGAAUUCGUUGGUGCAUGGAAACUUUGUCUAUUUCUUCUUUAGAGAAACAGCUGUUGAAUAUAUCAACUGUGGGAAGGCGGUGUACUCCCGAGUAGCGCGAGUGUGCAGAGACGACCGAGGUGGGCCGCAUCGGUUCAAGCAGCGCUGGACGUCAUUCCUCAAGUCCAGACUCAACUGCUCCGUCGCUGGAGACUUUCCGUUCUACUUCAAUGAAAUACAAUCAACGACCGAACUAAUAGAAGGUGUAUACGGAGGUCUAAACGCGCAGUUGAUCUACGGCACCUUCACGACUCCGCCUAACAGUAUAUCUGGCAGUGCCGUCUGCGCGUUCAGCAUGCAGGACAUUGCUGAUACCUUCGAAGGCACCUUUAAAGAACAGAGCGCCAUCAACUCCAAUUGGUUGCCUGUAAAUAGUGCUAAAGUCCCAGAGCCACGUCCGGGAACGUGUCACAAUGAUUCGAGACAACUUCCCGACCAGACAUUAAACUUCAUCAAAACACACGCUUUGAUGGAUGAGUCUGUACCAGCUUUCUUCGGAGAACCCAUCGUUAUUCGUACUAGUUUCCAUUAUAGAUUUACGCAGAUAGCGGUAGAUCCACAAGUGAAAACUCCUGGAGGGAAAGCUUACGAUGUCUUGUUCAUUGGAACAGACAACGGGAAAAUCAUCAAAGCCAUCAACGCAGUGUCCUACGAUUCAAACAAGCGCGCAGUGCCGGUAGUUAUCGAGGAACUGCAGGCCUUCGCAGCAGGGUCACCAGUGAGAGCACUGAGGGUCGCUAGAGCUGGUCGUGACGCUGCCAGGCUGAUCGCCGUGUCAGACCGACAGGUGCUCAGUCUGAGGCUGCAUCGGUGCUCCAGUGAUAAGAUUAGUUCUUGCUCUGAAUGUGUGGCGCUACAAGACCCAUACUGUGCGUGGGACAAACAGGCGGGUCGGUGUCGCGCCUUCUCCCACGGCGUCAGUCGGUGGCUCGACGAGAACUCCUUCUACCAGAGCGUCAGCACUGGCAGCCAUAAUGCUUGCCCUCACAGUAAAGACGCAGGUGCAGUAGGAGGACUCAGUUCAGGGCUAUACGACGACGCCAGGGGAGAGCAGAAAGGAGAAGUCAUAAACAUCGUACAAGACAAGGACGGCAAAGGAGGUGGUGGAGGUAACGAAGGUCCUGAGGUGCUUGCAGCUGAUCCCCCACCGGCUGCAUACUCAGUAGAAACGUUAGCAUUAGCAGUAGCGGCAGGUGCUUUAGCCGCGUUAGGUGCAGGCUUCGCAGCCGGCUACAUCUGCGGCAGGAGAUGCAAAAAGGACGACGACGACAAUAUGCCUUACCCCGAUACUGAGUAUGAAUAUUUCGAACAAAGGCAGAAUAUUAAUAGGAUCCAAGCGGAGCCGAAGUUGUUACAGCAAGUAGAAGAAGUGACGUAUGCGGAGCCUGUCCUAGCUCCUCAGCCGAAGCCGGCGUCCCCCCGCGCGACUCUGCGCAAGCACCCUCCGUACCACCCUCACCAUGAGACGCUGUUCCAGUUCCAGCCUGACGCCUACCGUCGCGACAACUUCGGAACCCUUCGCUCGCAUCAGGUCAAUGCAUGUCAGUUAACACAGGAAUAUUCGGACCGCAGGGCGAUGGGUACCGGCGCGGCAACGACAAUGGCUUCUCGACCACGCGAUCAGUGAAGAAGGUGUACCUCUGAGAAACAAGCGGGGCGGAUUCGCGCGACCAAAUGCAUCAUCAUAAACAUAAUACGCACCACCACCAUACUUUGGUGUCGCAGCGCAGCAGCGGCUCGGGCUCUGCGUCGGCGAGUGGCGGCGGAUCGUCGUCGUCGCCGUCGCCGCCGUCGUCGUCCCCGUCGCCGUCGGGCGAGCGGCCGCCCACGCCGCCGCCGCCCGCGCCGCAGCCCUGCGCCUACAUCUACCGCAACUAGCGCGCCGCCCCGCUCCCCGCACCGCACGUCGCCCGUGCCGUCUACGUCAUACGGACACCGCCCCCUACCCACGUGACGACACUAAACAACGUGAUUAUGACAUUCCAAAAUUAAACAUUGUUAUUCGAAUCGUAUUCGACUGAGUGACGUUCGAUCGAACGUGUUUUGUUAUUGCCGACGAUAUUGACCCUCUAGUGAAUGAAACGUGGAUACAAAGUCGUAUUGCCUGUAUUAUAACGUUGAAGCUGUUGAGCGUUCGUCAGAACGCACUUUCGAAAUGGCGGAAUUCUAAAUGAUUUGUAACUUGAUAGUAUAGAUACUAUGUUUAAAUGUGGAUUGUUAAAACAAAUGCAUGAUACAAAACAUUCUUCCAUGAAAAUAAAUAUUAUAUACGUACUGGUGAUUAUCCACAAUCUAAAUUGAUCGUAUCUAUGGUCAGAGGAUGUGAGACAAAAAAUAUGUAUUUUUUUUAAAAGACGGAACAAUAUUAUCGAUUGAUGUAUGUAAGAGGAAUAAUGUAACAAAUUGUAGAUUGUUUAGAAUAUACAUAGUUUACAAAUAAUGUAGGUGAAAAUAUAAGUUUUUGUUGGUAACAUGUUAACGAAUAGUUAAUUUAAAACUGUGAUUGUCAUUGCAGUUUUUGCAAAACUGUUCGAUCGGCAUUGUUUUCAACAAAAUGGAAGAGUUGCAAUGGAGUCACAAAAUGCUUUUUUACAUAACUACUAUUUUUAGCAUAACGUCAUUAAAUAUAGGGAGGGUUCUCUUAUUCUAAAGUUUUAGCGUUACUAUAACUCGACAACAUUGGCUACAACACCGCACAAUUCACCUGGUAAUGAAGACACACAAAUGUUUUUUGUUCAACAAGUUGUGUUGUGCAAUGUUGCCGAGCUAUACCUAGAUUAAACGAUGAUUAUAACAUUAUAGUUGAAACAAUGACAUUAUGAAACACAAAAUAUGAUAUAAAUUAUAUUUACCAUGUAUAAAAAUGAUAUGUAAAGUUCUGAUACUUAUUCAUUCAUUAAAAAGUGCUUCUUAUGGGUGUAUUUAGAUUACUAGGAGGUCGUUUUGAUAAUUAUUGGAUAAUGUUAUAGAUUUAGCUAUUAUGUAUACAUAGAUACAUAUAAUGAUAGUUAAGGCGGCACUGUGAUGCCACAUUGCCAAUCUAGAUUGUUGGUGCGCCAUCGCGUAGUUACGACCCGUAACUGUGAUCAUUGUGUACAUACAUUCUGUGACACUGACGACGUCUCCUUUUGUCUACUGUCGUUUCUAUAAAUUAACUUUCCAGAAAUGUGGGCCAAAACGUUUGUAAAAAUCCUUUUUCGAAAGACGUUCCUGUUGCUAAUUUUGUAAUUGCCGAGGAAUUAGAAUGUUCUCGUUGAAUAAUCGCUUUAUGAAUUAUUUUGUAAUCUAGCUAGCAGUUACUUUAAUCCCGAGAUUGUAUAGUGUUCAGACUCAUCUUCGCUCAUUGUUGACAAUUGAAUGUGUGUAAAGAAAAUGUCAAUUCUAUUUGUAAUGACUUAGUGCCUAAGUGUGUGUGGCAGGAUUGUAAUUUGUACAUUACAAAGAUUCCGUUUUAUUUUGGACUGAGUUAGUGCGGACAUUAGCGCCUUUAGAGUAGCGAUUACAGUAGACAAGACGUAAUGAAACUAUAGAUACUGCCUCAGAGCUCUGGUGACAUCUCUCAGUGCUACUGCUACUGACAAUCAUUUAAUGUUAACUCAUGUAAAAAUAAGCCACGAAAUGGAGAUGUAUUUUCUUGUCAGAGCUUUUUGGCAGUAAACAGAACAUAAUUUUUAUACGCCAUAAUAAUAAAAAAGGCAUUCUCGACAUUGCCUUCAUAAUACUCAUGUUUAUUUUUCAUUUUUAUAUAAUACCAAAGAUGCCAUGAUUUUAAUGUAAAUUAUUUAUUUAUAGUAGUGAUUGCUAAUAACAUUUAUUACUUAAUCAAGUUGUUAUUUUAUAUGAAUAUAACUGCCAAUUUGUAUACUUAUUUUAUAAUUAACCAAAGCAACGCACAGUUUAUUUUUUAAAUUAAUUAAUCCAUACGAUAUGUAGAUGCUUUAAUAUGGCAGAAUUGUUCGGAAAAUGUAUAUUUGUAAACUGUGAAAAUGGCAAAAAAAAUAAAUAUUAAAAGUAUAAAGCUUGCAGUCCUUAGUCAAGUAGUAUCUAAAGAGUAUUUAUCAUGUUACAAAAUAAAUUACUGUUAUGACGUCAUAAGAGUUGAUUGAAUGUAUAGUCCGUUAUAAGUGACCCUAGCGAAGUGCUCCGUUUGGAGUCGUCGUGUCAUACAUAGGGUUGUCAGUUGUCACUCAACCUCGUCAAAGCAUAAACACGUGGUUGUCAUUUUCACAGCUUGUAAUGCGAAAAUUAAUGAACACGUACAUACGUAAGUGAGGCUAGUACCUACCUGUAAAUAGCAAGUUCUGUAAUGUAAUUAGUUUUCGUCGAGUAAAUAAUUUAAGCGUUAGCAUGUAAGCGCAAGAAAUUUUUGAAAAGUGAAUUGUUAAGAAUUGUUUUUUGUAUUACUUAAAAAAUAAUAUUGAUGAAAUGUACAAUAACCAUUUCUACGUUUAAAUUACUGAACCACCUUUUUAUACUCGUAAAGUUAAUUGUAAUCAUAAACAUGCCUAGAAGUUUCUUGUACUAAGCGUAAAAAUAUUGAUUUAUAAUAUAUUGAGAAUUAUAUAGAUCGUAUCGUAACGUAGAUUAUAAUAGACCGCUUAAUUUUGUUUGAAACUCGAAGCCUUAGUGUUAGAAAUUGAAGACUUUUAUUGAAAUAAAGAACUAAGUAACAGAUUGGAUUAAAUAAAGAUGAUCCGCAACUUUUAUUAAAAAAUAUAAUGUUAAGGUAUAGCUCGUUACGUCACGUUACUCUCAAACUAUCCAUCACAUAAUUACUAUAUGUUAUAGCAUGUAAAUACGAAGAAUGAGUUCUAAAGCCAGGCGGGUAAGCGCCACUUUUCACUGAGACCUGGUAUAUGGUUACGCGACACGCUAUUCGUUAAAAAUUUACAGAACGUUAAAGUAUACCUUAAUAAAUUAUAUUCACUUUUAAUGACUAUUGCCUUAGUGCAAAAUUAGAUGUAUGCCUCGAUACUCAGUGAACUGUAGGCCUCUACAGGAUAAGGGAGUAAAUACGUUUGGUUUCGCUGCGUAUGUCAUAUUUUUCUACUUGGAAAGUUUUCUCGGAGUUCUAAUUUCAAAAUUGUGCGUUAGAAUUUUAAAAUUAGAAUUGUUAGCAGCAACGCAUAGUUUUUGUUUUCUACGUAAAGGAUUUCUUUAUCACAAAAUGUUUAAUAUAACAUUUUAAUAUAUUUACUAAACUUAACACCUUAUUGGGCACGAUUGCCUGCCCACCCACCAAUCAAAAUUAAGGUAAAAAUUGCAGAAAGGUACGAUUUUUUAAUUAAUUUGAUGAUUGUACCAUGAACUUGAAGAUUCAAAUCUAUGAAACAUUUUGUGAUAAGGAAACGGGACGGUAUAUCACGAUGUAACUGUGGGAAGUGCCUAACUAUAUUACCUAUUUGCACCUGUAGUAUAAACGAAGCCCGUUAAUUCCCAUGAACCGACCAUUAAUUACCAGAUUUAUAAGCGUUAGUUUAAAUUUAAACUUUGUUCCGCCAUCUUUGCAGAACCGCGCAUGCGUGAUGGAAGUCUGAACAUAGAUUAAAAUUAAACUUUUAUCUUCCAUGCUAAGUGAUAGUGAGUUUCUAAUAGUGUGCCUUUAGUAUCGCAUAGUUACCGCCCUUUAGAAACUCGAAAAGAAUAUUGGAAAUAGGUCUAUCUAUUUAUUUUUGAACCUCAUGAACAGUCAUAACUUCAUACAAUUUUACUAGUAGUCAUAAUGUAUACGUCAUCAUUUACAGAUAAAUUCACUUAUUACAUUACCUGUUAUUCCAAUUCACUAUGUCUAUACCUGAUGAUAGUUUGGUAAUCUAUGAUAAACCUAUGGUUAUUAAAAUUACCUUUUCAUUCUCAUAAACUCAUACAUGUUUUGUACUAUCUUAUGAUUUGCUCUUUUCUCCAGUGACAUGAAAGAUGUAGCCAUGUAGCCUCUGUUUUGAGUGUAACCUGUGUGUGGCCUCCGAACCAUUGUUACAGUCGAGUCGAAACAAAGUUUAAACUUAAAGCAGAGUCUAGUUUUAGUUUCUUUUAAGGCAUAGGUUUAAGUAGGGGUUUUAUAAAUAAUAAUGCAAACGCAAUUGCAGUGAUAGAACUGUUACACCUUAUUCGCUGCCCGUAUUUAUAGAGUGCAAUUUUUUUAUAACUAGAGACAAAUAGAUUGUAAAACAUUGAUUUGCAAAAUAUGAAAUAGUAAGCUCUGUGAAGCAAAGUUUUAUAUUUUACUCUUCAUUGUUUGAAAUGUUAUGAUCAUUUUCUCAUUAAAAUAUUAUUAAUAUUAUGCUAAAUAUUUUAGCAAAGGAUAAAAUGUAUUCCUUUUCUUUAGUAAAUAAAAUAUUGAAACUCGAAA